ACCACGACGACCAGAGCAAGCAAAGGACACGUUCUAGCCUACAUCAGUCGAGCUCCUCAAUCCGAAAGCAAAAUGACCCUCUACUAUGCUCUCGUCUUCAGCCUCCUGGUCUUGGAAAUGGCCAUGUUCUGCGUGCUCGUGCUGCCAUUGCCCUUCAAGAUGCGCCGUUCGCUAUUUGUCUUCAUCAACACGUCGCCGCUCGUUGCAAAAUUGCAGUAUGGAUUGAAAAUCACAUUCAUCUUCAUCCUUGUCCUCUUUAUUGAUUCCGUCAAUCGAGUCUUCAAGGUAAGCGAUGACGCGCAGGCAAGGGCCUCUGUCGAUGUUAGUAUGCGCGAACAGUACCGCUCCGAUGUGCAGGCUCGCAAAUUCUACUCUCAGCGCAACAUGUACCUCACUGGCUUCACCUUGUUCCUUUCCCUUAUUCUGAACCGCGUCUUCGUCCUCGCCAACACGAACCUGCGUCUCCAAGACCUCGUUGACAAUAGCGCCACCAAGAAUGAUGCAGCCAUCAAGAGCAAGGCCUACCUCGAGGAGAUUGAUGAGCUCAAGACAAAGUUGAAGAAGCGCGAUGCAGACUUUGAUGAAUUGGCUGAAAAGUACAAGCAAGCAACAGCCACAGGCGAAGCCAAGAAGAGCGCCUGAUUAAGUACUAUGAAGCAAGUGAUGUGCUAUGAACGCAGCAGCAGUGGCUAAUGCCAUGCCAAUGAUACCACGACGCAACUUCAUCUUUUGCGCAAAGACAAUUUCUACUUCAAUCAACUCUUGCUCUUCAUGACAGAUCGUGAUGG